GUGGGGGCGGGCGCGGCGUGGCGCAGCGCGGCGGGCGGAGCGGAGCGGCGCCGGCAGCAGCAGGAAUCGUCAUCCAUCACUAUGAAAAACAGCAUGCUGUGAACUUGCUUCAAGCCUUCUGCCUCAUCAGCUGUCCCUGACCAGCUGUGCUCUGAGCUUGCCUUUGGGGCCAUGGCCUUCAGCAGCUGGAAGCGGCUGCUGCUGUUGGGCAAGGCCUGCAGGAGGGGAGGCCCUGCUCUGUGCUGGAAGCGCUGCUGCCACUGGAGUGCUGGCAAGUCGCUGGACCCUGAGGUGAGAGCAUUUUUGGAAGAGAACACAGAGGUGACCAGCAGUGGGCACCUGACACCAGAGAUCCGGCUGCGCCUCCUCACCCCUCGCUGCAGGUUCUGGAGGGAAAAGCCCGACCUGUGGCCAUAUGGGGACCCGUUCUGGGCAAUUUACUGGCCAGGAGGCCAGGCCCUGUCCAGGUACAUUCUGGAUAAUCCAUGUGUUGUCAAAGGGCGAUCUGUUCUGGAUCUUGGAAGUGGAUGCGGAGCAACAGCAAUAGCUGCUGUGAUGAGUGGUGCAUCUCAAGUCCUUGCUAAUGACAUUGACCCCAUUGCAGGAAUGGCAAUGAGUUUGAACUGUGAACUGAACCACGUUACUCCCUUUCCCAUCACCAUUAAGAACAUCAUUAACUCAGAAGCUGGCAAGUGGGACCUCAUUGUUCUAGGAGAUAUGUUCUACGAUGAGCAACUUGCUGAUGAUCUUCAUCACUGGCUGAGGAAAUGCAUCAGGAUACAUGAAACUGAAGUGCUGAUCGGUGACCCUGGCAGGCAUCAGUUUUUAAGCCACAGCAUUCACAAUCAGUUGCGUAAAGUUAUAGAGUAUUCCCUUCCCGAGUAUACUAGACAAGAAAACAAUGGAUUAACAUCAAGUAUUGUCUGGAGUUAUCAGCCCUCAAAUAGCCUAGAAAGCUGUUAAAAGUGGCACUCUAAUGAACUUUGUCUCACGUGGCUGUUUCCUGAGUAUAUAAAAUGGGAAUUGAACGUGGAACACGUCUGUUGACACAAGGCAGGAUGUUCCUUCACCGUGCUUAUUCCAGCCAUGUUCAUUGAGGCUUUGGCUCUGUUCGAGGUAAAACUACACGCAAACUUUAUUCAGCAAGGCGUGCUGAAGUGCAAAUCCAAAGAUAAUUACACUUUGGAGUUUGCUUGCUUGAUGUUUUAAUCUGUGUUAAUCUCACUCUUUGACACCAUUGUGGAACAUUUUAGAUAUCCAGUACACCCCGUGAAGAGAGAAGACGGUUGUUGAGAGAUGACUGUGCUGCUUUCACACAGUUCCACAGCUUAUUUACAGAAAGGUGUGACAAUGAAAAAUGUAAAGAUGUAGGUUAUUGUGUUAUAUAUUUAAUUCCAAGUGCCUUACUUUUAUUUUUAUUUUUAUUUUUUUUGGUUAAUCUCUUCUGAAUGUCCAAGUAACUAAUUUGAGGCUCCCCCUUCCUUCUAAAAUAAUAAAAAAAAUAAAUGCUGCUCUACCUUGAAGCUGUCAAGAACGAUUAUUUAGGAAGUUGCAACUGAAUCUAAAACAUGCUGCUUGUGCUGUAGCCAAAGUA